AUGAAAAAUUUUGCUAACUCCUUGUUAACUGCUUUAUUCUUAUUCAUCCUUGAAAUAAUAAUUGUUGAAAACUUAAAAUAUAAACCGCUUAAUUAUAUAAAAAAUCACAGUCAUUAUGCAUAUAUGAUUAAGGGCAUUACUAAAAGCAGACACACAAAUAAUAAUACCUACGCUUCUUCAAAUAUAACUAAUUAUACUGAUAGUAACAAUAAUGCUACUAAUAAUAAAGUUACUACUUUAUUGUUAAAAGAAAACUCAUACCAAGAAGCGUACACACUAAUUUCUAACGAAUUAGAAUUAUUAAAAAAAGAAAAUGACGAUAAUAUAGAUCACAUUAAUACUUUUACAGGUUUUUUAAAAAAAUAUUAUGAAGAAAUUAAAAAAUAUAAGUCUUGUUCACCACAGACAUUCUUAAAUAUGUUUUUAAUGUAUAUUGACACAUUUAAAAAAUAUCGAUAUUAUUCUUUCCCUAAUAUACAUAGGUAUGAUGAGAAUUUAUAUGAAUGGUCAUUAGAGUUUUGGUCCCAUUUAAUUGAUAAAAAAAAUUCGAAAUUUUUUGGUACUCCAAAUAUUAACAAAACAAAAAAGUGGAUAGAUGAAGGACAUAAUGUUAUUAUAUUUAGUAAUCAUCAUAUAGAAGCUGAUGCAAAUAUAAUUAAAUAUUAUUUUCAUAUGAACAAUGCACAAAAUAUUUCGAGAAAUAUUAUAUUUGUUGGUGGUCAUAAGAUAAGGGCAGAUCCUUUAUCAAGACCAUUUAGUGUUACAGCUAAUCUCCUUUCCAUCUUUUCAAAAAAAUAUAUAGAAAACCCACCACAUUUAAGAGAAGAAAAAAUUUUGUUCAAUCACAAAUCUCUGAAUACUUUAAAAAAUUUAUUAAGUGAAGGAAAACAAAUUAUUUGGUUAACACCCAGUGGAGGCAGAGACAGAAAGGGUCCAGAUGGAAAUAUUAACAUUUCUCCUUUUGAUCCGAAAAUAAUACAGUCAUUUCAUGUCAUUGCAAAAAGGUCAAAAGUAAAGACACAUUUUGUAGGAUUAGCUUUAAACACUUAUAAUAUAUGUCCACCGCCUAACACAAUCGAUGUUGAUGAAAUUGAAAAGCAGAGAUCUUGUUCUUAUUCACCAAUAGGUUUAAAUUUAGGAGAAGAUGUGUUUGAUGUAUAUCCGUCCAUGGAUGAAAAGGAAAUAACAUCAUGUCUUUACAACUACGUUAAUCAGUUAUACGAGCAGAUACGCUAA